CAAUUCGCUGGUGGUACCUCUACCUAUACCUACGUACUGCCACUGCGUGUUGUACGUCUCACUGUUUGUAUCGAAAUUUCACGUAUCUACGUAAACGAUCGUGUUACCUCAGUGUACCCAGGUAUUGUCUAUUACCUACCUAGACAUUGAUCUGAAAACUGGUAAUGUGUUAUUUGAGUAAAGGCAAUAUACUGUUCAAGUUUUGUGCGGAACGUUCGAUGUUUUUCGUUAUAUUUUCGCAGUGAUUUUCGUAUUCAAAUUUGCAGUUUUUUCGCAUUCGCAGUUUUUUCGCAUUCGCAUUUCCGAAGAUAAAUAUUCAUCUAGAUGUAAUUUUUUUCGAGUACCUACGCGAAGGUUGCAGUUCGACAUGGAUGCCAUUGAAGAAUACCCUUUCCUCUUCAUGAAUACGCCGUCGUCACUGCAGAUGCUGGCGUCAACCAAAGUGGCGUUAAUGUUAUGGCAACGCAGAUGUGCGGCUUCCAGCCUUUCAUACGAGGAUUUGGGUAUGCAUUGGUGGGAUAAGCCAAUUUUUAGCUGCGAAGAAAUACUCAUUGUUCGUAUUCCGUCUCGAAUCAAAUCGCAAAUAGACGACAGAAUUAAAACUUUCGGCAAAGAACUUCUGAAAUGGAAGCGUUUGCACUAUGACGUUUUCAAAGACGAAGAAACAUAUUUUUCCAAAUGUAUUCAGUAUAUCGUCUUGGAUUUUUCCGGAACCAUUGAUUACAAAGCGACCGCUUUGACUAUCCUGAAUUCGGGUGAAUUCGCUGACGUAGAAAAUUAUAGAAUGGCAUGUCCGUAUUGUUUGGAGGAUCAAGUCAGACGGUUUUGGCCGUUGGUUUCUACAGAAGAUGUAAAUGAUAGAUACGAUACAUGCAAUUUACCGUACUGGAAUGGUGUUAUGGAAUCAGGAGAAAAUUCGAUCAUCGAUGGGCCUACUGAGCCUUUUAUAGAACGAUGGAUGGAGUUGGCGAAUCGGGGAGAGGAUAGAGCAGCGUUUGAGCAUUUUUAUUAUCAAAUGUUACCAGAUUACAUGUAUGAAACAGGAGAGCAUCCUUCUAUUUUUGACCUAGAACAUUACAAAUGCCGAGCUGCGAUACGUUCAUUACCUGUAUUAAACCGAAUCCAAGUUGAAGAAGUAUUCAAAGGGAAGGCCUCCGCGAUGUUUGGAAUUUUAGCGAUGGACCACGAUCAACGUUUCCUGCAAUUUGCGCGUCAAUCGUGGAAUCUCGUGCGACAUUUGAUUUUGGAUGAUGAACCGAGGUUUUUUUCUGUCCUGUACAUAUUGUGGAAAAUCGCAUUCUGUCCUGAUAGCUUUAUGCGUACGAGUCAUACACGUUGCGAUGAAAUUAACGAAUUGUUGGUGGAAAUCUGGUCUGAUGCCUCGGACGAAUUGAAAGCUGCAGUUUCUGAUUACUACAUUUACGAGUUUUUCGAACGAGAUAAUUUUGACGUUUAUAGGAUGUCUUCCAAUUGCCACAGCCAUGGUCACGAUAUGAAAUUUAUGAUAGAUUUGCUUAACAUAUCACAAGACGUGGACAAAGUUUCGCUGUGGCGGAGAAAUUGGCGUGGAUUCGCCUUACGUGCCAAGGUUUUGGAUUUCGAACAACUGAUGAGUUUCUGUUUAGUGAAUAACGAAGACGAGGUCAAGUUUUACAAAAAUUCUUUGCUGGAUUUCGAAGAUUUGUUUCACGACUUGAUUGGAAACGGAUUCUAUUCCGAUUUGAGAGAUUACCUGUAUUUCUGUUCGAACGAUGCGAAACACUUUCAACUUUCGGGAAAAAACGAACUCGAAUCGAAUCCCUAUGCUAUUUUACGACACGAUGAUCAUCAAUUCGCUAAAUUCGAAUGGUUUAUUGGGGAAUUAUUUUCAAACGAGACGAAGGAUGUAGAUGAAUUCAAAGUGCAGUUGAUUUCGUCUGCUGAAAGUUUGAGAUGCCUGCUCGAAGCAUGUAAUGAUCGUAAAAUUCGUUCGAAUGAUUUCAGCACACUCAUUGCCCGAUUUGUUACCGAAGAAGACGAAUAUAAUUUAUUGAAACGUAAAUUAUUAGAGCAUUGGCGUAGCUAUCCGAUGAACUGUUCACACGGGGGCAGGAUUGUGUUCUUUGACGAAUGGAUAGAAUUUCUCGAAUGGUGUAUUCCGGACCCUGAAGAACAUUCAGCCUUCAAGCAGUCGUUUAAGGUGGAUGAGAUUUUCAUAGAAUUGUUGAGUGAUAAUGCUACUAGGUGGUCAAGUCCAGAUAAGAUAUUUCUCAACAAAUUUUUAAGAUGGUAUUUUGGAAACGAAGAAGAUAGCAAAAAUUUCAAAUUAGAUAUGAUAAAAAAAAAUUACACACGAAUCGAUUUUGUGCGUACCAAGAUGCUGAGUAACCGUAAUGCUAAUCGUCGUGAGGUGUCGGCUUUGUUGAGAUGGUUCUUUGAUAACAAUACUGAAGAUUUAUGUAAAUUUUGCGAAAGUUGUAAUUUUAUUCUGCAACCGAAUGUACCAUUAUGAAUAUGAUGUUGGUGAAACUCGAUGUAAUUAUUUUUAUUAGGGUAAAUUGAUAGCUACUUAGUACCUACCCAUGUACUGUAUAUUUUAUUCAAUUCUCAAUAAACUUACUCGUACCUA